CCGAGCACUGCCCGAGCGCCGAGGCCGCCGCAGAGCGGGGCAGCAGCCGCCGCCGGGCAGCGCCGCGCUCUCCUGCCCGCCCGCUCCCGUCCUGGGGAAGGAGCGAGCCCGGGCCAUGUCCUCCGCGCGGGGCUUCAUCUCCGGCUACUUCUGUCUCGUCAGCAAGGCGGCCGCCCGCCGUUCUCCGCCGCUCUGUCAGCGGGCGACGGGGAUUUCCUCCUCUUCCUCGCCGGGGCUGCCGCUGCUCGGCGGUGCCCGCCGGCGCCUCCUCGCCCUGCGCGGGACGAGCCUCGCGGCAGGGCGGGGUGCAGCAGGGGCCGGGCCGUGCGCGCCGCGGCUGCGGGGCAGCGGCGGGCCGGGCGCGGCGGGCGAUGGGUUCCGUCCCUCACGGGUGGCGGUAGUGGUGAAGACGACGCGGUACGAGUUCGAGCAGCAGCGGUACCGCUACGCUGGGCUCUCCGAGGAGGACCUCAAGCAGCUGCUUGCCUUGAAGGGAUCUAACUACGCUGGUCUGCUGGAGCGGCAUCGCAUUCAUACAAAAAACGUGGAACAUGUUGUAGACAGUUUACGGAACGAGAAAAUAGAAGUUCGCCUGGUUAAACGUCGAGAAUAUAAUGAAGAGACUGUUCGGUGGGCAGAUGCUAUUAUAUCAGCAGGAGGUGAUGGUACGAUGUUGUUGGCAGCCAGUAAGGUCUUUGAUAAAUUUAAACCAGUUAUUGGAGUAAAUACUGAUCCUGAAAGAUCGGAGGGUCACUUAUGCUUGCCUGUGAGAUAUACACGCUCAUUUCCUGAAGCACUACAGAAGCUUUACCGUGGUGAGUUCAGGUGGCAGUGGCGGCAAAGAAUCCGACUGUAUCUUGAAGGAACUGGUAUCAACCCAGCCCCUGUGGAUUUACAUGAACAGCAGCUAAGCCAAGAGCAGCACAGCAGGGCUCACAUAAAUGAAAGAUUGCAGGAUCAAAGAUCUGACAUUUCUGGCCCACAUCUUUUACCAGUGAGAGCACUCAAUGAAGUCUUCAUUGGGGAAUCUCUUUCAUCCAGGGAGAACUUUAAGUCCUGCAAACCCAGUUUUAAAUUCUCGCUUCAUAGGGCCUCCUAUUAUGAGAUAUCAGUUGAUGAUGGUCCUUGGGAAAAGCAGAAGAGUUCAGGGCUUAAUGUGUGCACUGGAACAGGAUCAAAAGCGUGGUCCUAUAAUAUUAACAAGGUAGCACAUCAAGCUGUUGAAGAGAUCCUUAGUAUUGCUAAAAACCAUGGGAGUUUGAAUAUGCCAUUGAACACAGAACUAGUACAAAAAGUAACAAAUGAUUACAAUGAGUCCCUGCUGUACAGUCCAGAAGAACCAAAGAUGUUUUUCAGUAUUCGAGAACCUAUUGUCAACAGAGUUUUCUCAAGUAGCCGCCAGCGUGGCUUCUCUUCAAAGGUCUGUGUCCGUUCCCGUUGCUGGGAUGCAUGUAUGGUUGUAGAUGGAGGAACGUCUUUUGAGUUCAAUGAUGGGGCGAUAGCCUCAAUAAUGAUCGAUACGGAGGAUGCACUGUGCACUGUUCUGCUGGAAGAAUGAAGGACCCAAGCAUCUUCUGCUGAAACAAUGCUGGAUCCAGAGAGGGAACUCCUGGGGAUAGACAGCACAUCACAAUGCUGCAUUAUGUUGGAAGUUGGCCUUUUUGGAUGCAAGAGCAUUUGGAGGAAGCUUGAGAUGCUUUCCAUUCCUUGGGGUUGGAGGAACCUUAGCCUGAUACUUUUUGCAUUUGGUGUAAAAGAAAUACAUCUGAAGUCUGACCUCUAAGUUCAGUGAAAAUUGGCAUUUUAACCCGCAAGGCAAACAUGAAAGAAAAUGUUUUGGAAACACUGGUAGAUGGGCUCAAGUGUUAAGUCAGUAGCACUAAAUAUUGAGAUGUACAGUGUUUUAGUAACAGUCUGUGACUGAUAAAACUAAACACCUUCAUACAUAUACUUCUGUAGAAAGGUUGACUGUUAGUCUAGCAAUUUGAUGCACGGAUUUUGGUAAAUCCUGAUGUUGAUGUAAUAGAAAUGGAAAUACAAAACUUUUGUAUGCUUUUCAAAAAUUUUACAACUUUGUAGUUUCAUACAACUUGUGACAAUUUUUUUUCCUCUUCCAGUAUUUUUUCUACUUUGUGAUUUACAUCAAAAGUCUGGUUUAAUCACAUCUUGAAUAAGUUAGCUCUUACUUCUCUUUUUUGGUUAGAGACAGGCUUGAGACCCAAGGGUUUUCUUGAGCUCUUUAACAGUAAUACACAAGCUACAGGAAACGUGUUGAAGUAAGAUAUGCUCCUUCACCGAAUGUAUUAGCUGGCUAGCAGGUGUUCAGUUACAGUAGUGUAUGUAGGUGGCUAUCACUAGGAAAGGUAUUUGGCGUUAUUAAGUUGAAUGGUUUGGAGUUUUAGGUUCCAAGUUUCUUUAUAAUUGACGAAUGGUAUGUACUGGGUGCUAGUAGUUGCAGCACAAGUUAAUAUCUGUGUCUCCCAGUUUUCCAAGUAUGUGUUUCUAACUUCCCUCCCCUCAGAACGUUUAAGUUUCCAGUCCUAUACUGAAUCUACUGAUAUCGAAUUGGGAAAAAAGAAAUUACAUGCCUCUGAUCAUGUGUUAGGUAAGUAAGUUGGUAAUAGAAAAAAGCUCUGAUCGUAGAAGAGAAAGCGACUUUGUAGAUAAUGUUUUAGAGAAACUGUGAACUAUGACUGCUUUUCAACAUCUGUGCUGGUAAUUGCAUAGAUGAGGAGGGCAGAAUUUGACAAAAUGAAGAUUACCACAGCAGGAAUCUUCUGUUACGUGACUUGAAACAAACGUACCUUGUCCUGUCUACUACAGAUCUAUUUGCAAAAGUGACUUCUCUUCAAACUACUUUUGAAUGAAGAGAGUUCUGUAACAGAUGUUCUCAGGUCAAGUAUGUUCUCCAGUGUGUCCAAUCAGUGUAUUUAUUGCCAAUCACAAAUUGAAAGCUGAUUGUUGUAGGUAGAGGAAGGGGAGAAUGGAUAUUUCCUUUUACUACUUAAGUGUUUGUAUUCACUCUAUGCUAGAAUUUGGAGAAAAUUGUUUUGACCAGACCAUUCAGUUCUAAGAAAAUGUGAUACUGAUGGAGCUUUUUGGAUAAGCUAUCACUGUGUGUGUACACUUCACCUUUCAAGUGUGCUGCAGAUUUAUUCACACUACCUACUUGAGUUACCAUGAUUGCAGAUCAGAGGGGAUAAACCAAAGUAGCCAAAUACUCUUUGCAAACUUGGUAGGUUCAGGAACUAUCAGAAUAAAGCUCUUAAAAUAUCUCAAAUUACCUUUAGACAGGUUUUUCAGAUUUAGUUGGAAAAGACUAAUCUUCCUUUGGAGAGUUAGCUGCACAGAGACUGGAGUGUUUUAGUUACUCCUAAUCCAUCUGUAACCAGUUAGGGAUGGUUGUAUGUGCCUCUGUCCAGUACACUAGUCAAUAUGCUGUUUAGAUUCAGAGAAACACCCCAGCAUCCACCAGUGCCGUUAACACUAAUUGAUGACUUCCUGUGACUUGACCACUGUGUUAGAUCAGAGGUUUAGGUAUUAAGUGUCCUUGAAUACCUGCACAGACAAUUUUAUUGAAGAAAACCCUGUUCCAUACUUAUAGAGACAUUUGAGUGUAUUGUUUUAAUGGAGGUGGAUUAGUCUGAUCAGGGUGCCCACCUCUGAAAGAUGCCUGUCAAUCCUUAUUAUGUGUGUCAAGAGUAAAAGGCAAUAUUUUCAGGCCCUACAGACUCAAAAUGUAGCCUGGUUUAGGGCUUAAGAGAUUUCACAGUCAAGUUCCUAAUCUACUUGCAAAAUGGAAACCUGACCUACUCAUGAGUGGCCUCUACUGGUUUUGUCUACACUUAAUUGCACUUCUGCUGAAGCAUUUACUGAUGAAUGCUUGAUUUAAAUAACAAGGAUGACUGAGAGAUCUAUAAUAAACAGUAAGCAGCUACCUUUUUUAUUAAAGAACUGUAGAAUCCUUUUUAAGGAUCCUUUAUUACAGGGGAUUGCAGUACAGACAACUUAAUAUGGCAGACAGUAUUCCACAACAGGACCGAGUUUAACACUGAUUUCACCUGCCUGGACUGGCAGUGAACUCUGCACCUCUUCUACCUGAUGAAUCAAAUCCGUGGUCGUUUCAGUUAGUGCCAGUCCACGCUGUGAUCUGCUAAACUAGACCUGUCAUUCUUUGAUUUUUUCUAAAAAAAAAAAAAAAACACCUGGUGUUUAUACAUUAUGUAAUAAAAAUUAAAAACUUAAUAAGAUA